UGUGUGUGUGUGUGUGGGGGUUUUGUCUGAAGAGGAAGUUCUGUGCUGCUUUGCUCACCGUAGACCACCACCUCUCUCUUAGCGCACAGACACACCUUCCAGAAGAAGACAACCUGGUUGCCAUGGCAUUCUCCGGUGCUGGCGUGAUCCGCGAGGAGCAGCUGCAGUGUCCAAUCUGCCUGCAGCUGCUGGCCAACCCGGUCACCACCUCCUGCGGCCACAACUACUGCCAGGCCUGCCUGGGUCAGUACUGGGACAAGACCGCUCACGGCUGGCGCUGCCCGCUCUGCAAGGAGGCCUUCGCCCAGCGGCCCGCGCUCCGUAUCAACACCACCCUGCGUGACAUGGUGGAGCUGUUCCGUCAGAGCGCCGCCCACACCGACGCCGAGCUUGGCCCCGCCCCUGGUCCAGAGGGCUCAGCAUGAAUCCCUCGUCCCACUCGGCGCUGCCGGGGGUGGCGUCUCCGCGCCCUCAAGUCCUGCCUGGACUGCGGCACGUCGUUCUGCGCGCUGCACCUGGAGCUCCACCAGAGGGCGCCGGCGCUGCAGAGGCACGUGCUCAGUGAGCCGCUACAGGACCUGGAGGGGCGCGUGUGCCAGAAGCACCGGCGGCCGCUGGAGCUGUUCUGCAGGGACGACCACACGUGUGUGUGCCAGUUCUGCACCGAGGGAGAACACAAGAACCACAGCACGGUUCCCCUGGAAGAGGAGGGCAAGGACAGGAAGACUAAGCUGGGGAAGACUCAAGCAGAGCUUCUGGAGAUGAUUCUGGAGCGGCUGGAUAAGAUCAGCGAGAUCAAACACUCUGUGGAGCUCAGGAAGAAGAGCACAGAGGAGGAGCUGGCAGCGAGUGAGCAGCUGUGUGCGUCGGUGGUGCGCUGUGUGGAGCGGAGCCGUCGGGAGCUGGAGGAGGACCUGAGGGAGGACCAGGAGGCGGCGGAGAGGGAGGCGGAGGAGAUGGUGGCGCAGCUGCAGCAGGAGAUCACCUCCCUCAAGACCCGCAGCACCGACACCGUCCACCUGCUCCACACCGAGGACAACCUACACCUGCUGCAGGCAGACCCGGCACUGUGCUGCCCUCCAGAGACGCGCAGCUGGGCCGGCGUGAGGGUGAACACACACGUGUGUGUGGAGGCCGCCAUGGUCAAGAUGGAGAAGACGCUCAGGGACCAGCUGCAGAGCAUCCCACAGAGGAAACUCAGAAGGAUCCAGCAAUAUGAAGUGGACGUGACGCUGGACCCCGUGACAGCGCACCCCAAGCUGCUGCUGUCUGCUGACCGCAAGCAGGUGCGGUGCGGAGACAAGCCCCAGAAGGUCCCCCCGAGCCCCCUGCGCUUCGACAGCUGUGCCUGCGUACUGGCCACACAGCGCUUCGCCUCAGGAAGACACUACUUCCAGGUCCGCGUGGGCGGUAAGACGGGCUGGGGAGUGGGCGUGGCCAGUGAGGCGCUGCAGCGUAAGGGGGAGGUGUGUGUUUCUCCGGAGGAGGGCGUGUGGACACUGGUGCUGAGGGCGGGGCCAGAGUACUGGGCUGCUGACCACACCCCCCAGCGCCUGACCCCGUGCGGAGAGCUGCGGACGCUGGGUGUGUUCCUGGACUACGAUGGCGGCCGAGUCGCCUUCUACGACGUGGAGAACACCGCGCUGCUCUACGCCUUCACACACCUCACCUUCACCGACAGGCUCCACCCCUUCUUCAGCCCCUACAACAACGAUGGCGGGGGAAACUCCGCCCCUCUUGUCAUCACGCCUGUCAAUCACACGACAUGAGUGCCAAACCUGCUGUUUACAAACAACGUUCUACUUUUACUUUAACAAUGCCUGAAGUAAUAACAGUGAAUAAAAAUAUAACAAAAAUGUGAA